GUGUCAGUAAACCACAGUGACGCGCUGCAGGUGGAAAUUCCGCGCAGACGCAGCAGAGCGCGCGCUCGCUCAAGACUCACUUCAGAUAUUGCGGUUCUUCACACACGUUUCCAGAAACAGAGAUCAGUGCUGGUCAAACGUGUCCGGCUGCGCGGCUGAAGGACGCUUGACAACGAAAUGCUGCUCAAAAGAAAACCAACGAGCUUUGAUUUUCAGUGGAUUUUAAUAUCUCUUCUUCUCGGAGGGGUUGAAAUGCAGGUGAAACCUCUGAGAACAUACUACCUCACUGUCGGUCUGGCGUUUAAACUUCAAUGCAACCGCAUUCAGAUUCAGAAUCAGAAUCAGAAUGUGAGUGUGACGUGGAGCCACAAUCUGGACCAGAAGCUGGAAAACAUCAGCGGGAUCACGGUUCGAGGUGAUGCUCUGUGGUUUCUGCCUGCCCAGCCCUUUCACAGAGGAAACUACAGUUGUCUCAGCAGACAAGGAAAGGAAAGCUGGGUAACCGUGUUCAACAUAUCAGUUGAGAACGCAUCAUGUCCUCGCAUGAACCGAGAAAAUGCAGCGCAGAGCACAGGGGAACUGACCUGUGUGCUGGGACACGUCUUCCAGUUGGACCCACAGGCUCACGUCACCUGGCUGAAGAACUGUAACCCGCUAAAUGGGACCGACAGUAAGGUUCUGCCCAUGAAACGAUCCCCACGUGAUGAAGGACUGUACACCUGCUUUGUGAACUUCACCUUCGAAGGGCAAAACUACUCUGCUGCCCAGACCACAAAAAUCUACAUCGUCCCCACAGAUUUCGUGGUGACGCAGCCCAAAGUGAUCUUCCCACAGCAGGACAAACUCAAAGUGACACUCGGUAAAAGUUACGAUCUGAAGUGUAAAGCUCUCGUUGGGAAGAAUGGAAAAGAAGAAACGUUUUUGAACUGGUUGCGUCAGGUUCCUGGUUCUUCGGGUAUAUUUCCACACACCAGCGAACCUUUUUUUGAGGGAGACUACAUGCUGUCUACUCUGCACCUCUCGGAAAUCACAGCAGAAGAUUUCGACGCUAACUUCACCUGUGUUAUUGAGCAUCCGGCAGGAACGGAUUUUGGAACAGUGACGCUUAUUCCAGAUAACGAGCGAUAUUUUUGGAUCAUUGUCGGUCUGAUCUCGGCCUCUGCUGGUCUGCUCAUAUUGGCUGCGGUUGGGUUUUCUCUGUUUAAAGUGGAUCUGGUGUUAGCUUACAGAGGUCUGUGUUCACCUGUCACCACACACACUGAUGGAAAGUCUUAUGAUGCGUACAUCAGUUAUCUCCAUGGUGACGAACUUGGCCUCUCCUCCACUAUGACAUUUGCCCUGCAGUCGCUUCCUGCCGCCCUGGAGGAACUCUACGGUUAUAAACUGUUUAUCAGUGGACGAGAUGAACUUCCAGGGGAAGCCGUGCAUGAUGCCGUUGCUGACAGAAUGAAUCGAAGUCGUCGGCUCAUCAUCGUUCUGACCUCUCGCAGUUUUGAGUCCCGGAGCGCUACACAGAAUCACACAGAGCCGCUGUUAUCUCACAGUGACCCGAGCGUGACACCCGUGCCCUCGGCCGCUGGGAUAUGGGGCACGUACGAGCAGCGGGUGGGUCUGUAUGACGCUCUAGUGAAGGAGGGUCUGAAGGUCAUCCUGGUGCAGGUGGAGGAUGGAGUCGAUGAGAAUUCUCUUCCAGAAUCAUUGCAGUACAUCAGUCGCACCAAAGGCAUCCUCAGGUGGAGAGCGGCCGCUGACGGAGCUAACCGAAAGUUCUGGAAACAUCUGCGUUAUCAGAUGCCUCCGGCUCAGAGGAGGAAAAGCGCGCAGAUGACGGAGCUGCGGGAUGUUUAACGUGACUGUGAACGCUGAAGAAGAACUGUCUUCUGUUAAGGUCUUUUUUCUUAUUCCGGUCCACCACGGUUAAAAAAACAAUCGGUACUAGUUAAAGUUAGUUAGACGAGAACUGUGUAAUUGUUUCUGAAAUGUCUUUAUGAAAGUGAGCGGGUCAAAUGAAAUUAUAUAUCCUUCACCGGAAAAUUUAAAUUCUCUCUUGAUUUAUUCUAUCCCAGAUGUAUCUGACUCCCUUCCUGCAACUAACACGAAUGACGGAUUUGAUAUUAAAACUUCUAAUUUGGGGUGAACAUCCUAAAGCUCCAAAAAGCGCAAGCGUUUAUCAUUAAAGUAAUGCGCAUGACAGUGGGUUAAUAAAUGUAAAACAGAUUGUUCGAGGAUAUUUUGAGCUCGUUCGGAAACAGACGGAUUACUGCAGGAAGUUCUAAUAUGUUCGUAGAAAUGUCAAGUACCUGAGAACGUGUCAAGAAACCAAGAAUUCUGAAGUUCUUAUGUGUUAAUAUGGUGAAGAAACUGAAGAAAGAAACUGAGCCAUUCAUACAGUAAGUUAGAUCAUGAAAACACUGAAUAAUGAAAGUUGAAAAAUGUGUUUAACAGAAAAAACAUAUUUUAUGACUAAAACAACGUUUUGUACUUGAAAUAAAUUCAUUUAUUUAUGUAUAUAAAUAUAUAUUUAUGAGAUCAUGUGAACUGUUAGAAAUGUGCCUUUAUAAUUCUUCUGUAAAUGCAGCCUUGUUGUCUAUUUUCUGUUGUUGUUUUUCUUCUGGAGCUAAUCAUUUGUUGUGGAGCGAUUUGUGGAAAUGUGUAUCUGCCAGCGCUGUUGUGACUGCGGCUCAUUUCAGACGUUUUCACUUAUUUUGAAAUCGUAGUAUUUUCUUAACAGCGAUUGAAGCGCGUUGCUGUCCCGAACACGGAAACUCUCGUGAUUAACCGUUUUAUUUUGCACUCGGAUGGGCUGAAAGCUUCUGGAUGCUGCCCUCGCCAUGACCUCUUUCAACGAAUAACAGCGAAACAACAGGAAGCAUCUUGUCUUGUGGCUUUUGUUUGAGACGUUGAACAGUUUGGCAAGCUUGUGUUUUUUGAGUGGGUUUUCUUCUGUAUUUCCACCUACUGUACAUUCGUUCACACCAGCUGUGAAUUCUGUUUAACUGAUGACUCAUUCUCUGCUAAUGAAUCGCGUGUAUGCUUGUUUAAAACUUUUAAUUGAUGAUGUUCUUCAUUAAUAACUAAAUAAAGUCUUUUGUACACAG